CUUUUGCAAAGACACCUUCGACAAGAACUACAAGGCGACCAUCGGGGUGGAUUUCGAGAUGGAGCGGUUUGAGGUGCUGGGAGUGCCCUUCAGCCUGCAGCUGUGGGACACAGCUGGCCAGGAGCGCUUCAAGUGUAUUGCCUCCACCUACUACCGGGGAGCACAAGCCAUUGUGAUUGUCUUCGAUGUCAACGAUGUGGCAUCCCUGGAGCACACGCGGCAGUGGCUGGCUGACGCCCUGAAGGAGAACGACCCGUCCAACGUGAUCCUCUUCUUGGUGGGCUCCAAGAAGGAUCUGAGUACACCGGCACAGUACAGCAUGAUGGAGAAGGAUGCCCUCAAGGUGGCCCAGGAGAUGCAGGCGGAGUACUGGGCUGUCUCCUCACUCACUGGGGAGAACGUGAAGGAUUUCUUCUUCCGCGUGGCGGCCCUGACCUUCGAGAGCAAUGUGCUGGCUGAGCUGGAGCGCAGCAACACCCGCAAGAUCGGCGACACCGUGCGCAUCAGCAGCAACGAGAGCGACCUGUACCUGUCGGCGCCAC